AUGGAAAAACCGGCGCAGAAACCCGACACCAAUGAAGAUCUCAGCUUCAACAACAAGAACAGCUUCAGCAUUAGUCUUAGUCUCUGCAGCAGCUCCGACAACAACACCGCCAGCGUCAGCAGCAGCACCAACAACGACGUCGUCAGCAACGACUCCUCCUCGGCCGAAGCCACGAAGUGUUCCUCCAACAGCAAUGCCGAACCGGACGAGGUCGCCAGCGUUAAAAAAGGGUCGGAAGCUUUGGAAACAGAGGCCAGUUUUCGGCGGAUAUGCCCGUCGAAGCCGCACAAAGGGAACGAUAUAAGAUGGGACGCGAUUCAGAGUGUGAAGGCUAAAGACGGCGAGUUGGGUCUGAAUCAUUUCAGGCUGUUGAAGAAGCUUGGUUGUGGGGAUAUAGGGAGUGUUUACUUGGCUGAGUUGAGAGGGAUGGGUUGCGUUUUCGCCAUGAAAGUAAUGGACAAGGGAAUGUUGGCUGGGAGGAAGAAGCUGAUGAGGGCUCAGACAGAGAGAGACAUAUUGGGGUUGUUGGACCACCCGUUUCUUCCGACCCUUUAUUCGAAUUUCGAGACGGACAAGUUUUCUUGCUUGUUAAUGGAGUUUUGCAGCGGCGGCGAUCUUCAUACGCUCCGGCAGCGUCAGCCGGGGAAGCACUUUACUGAACAAGCUGCGAGGUUUUAUGCUUCAGAAGUGCUUCUUGCUCUUGAAUAUCUGCACAUGAUGGGAGUAGUGUACAGGGACUUGAAACCAGAAAAUGUAUUAGUGAGGGAGGAUGGACAUAUCAUGCUUUCGGAUUUUGAUUUAUCAUUGAGAUGUAAUGUGUGUCCUACUCUUGUUCAGGCCAGCGUCGAGUCGUCUUGUGCAAUUCCCACAUACUGCAUUCAACCAGCCUGCAUUGAUCCAAUUCCGGCCUGCAAACUACCGGUUUGUGUUCAGCCAUCUUGCUUGCAACCUUCUUGCUUUACGCCUCGAUUCCUAAGGUCUAAAACAACCAAGGAGAAAACUGAAAGGACUAAUUUUGGGACUUCAGAUUCGAUGCCUGAACUUAUUGCUGAGCCAACUAAUGCGCGUUCCAUGUCAUUUGUUGGAACUCAUGAGUAUUUAGCUCCUGAGAUCAUAAGAGGAGAUGGUCAUGGCAGUGCUGUCGAUUGGUGGACUUUCGGAAUCUUCUUGUAUGAGCUGCUUCAUGGGAGGACACCGUUUAAAGGGAAUGGAAAUCGGGAGACAUUGUUCAAUGUCGUUGGCCAGUCGCUUAAGUUCCCGGAUGGAUCCAAUGUCAGCUUUGCUGCAAAGGAUCUGAUCAGAGGCCUCCUUGUAAAGAACCCUCAAAAGAGACUAGGCUUCAAAAGAGGUGCUACAGAGAUUAAGCAGCAUCCCUUCUUUGCAAGUGUGAAUUGGGCUCUCAUUCGCGGCACGCAGCCUCCAGAAAUCCCAAAACCACUUGAUCUUGCCCUUUUAAACCAGGCAUUCAAGUCAGCUGCGCUCCAAAAUGAUAAGGGAGCUACAGAGACAAAUCGGUUACCAGGUCCAUAUUUAGAUUUCGAAUUUUUCUGAUAUGAACUUUGAUGGAAUAGCAAAA